CACUUAUCCACACUCCAGCACUCAUCCACUCGCCAUCACUACAAGCCUACUGCCCGUGGCGUGUGCCAGUCAGCCUACUCACCAUCAACAGCGCUGGCGCUGGCGUGGGUCGCGAGGAAGCUGAUGGCAACGAGACCCGCGACGAGUGCGGCGAGGCCGCACAGGCGCGCGCGGAGCUUCAUGGCGACAGGAAUCGGCGCGGGGAAACGGGAAGGCGGGGAGGCGCGGAUCGUGAUGACAGCGGUGGCGAGAAGCUUCCGAUCAGAGCUGAACCGCUGGUAG